AUGCAAAGGUUUAGUCUCCUAUCUUUACGUGAAGAUUCUUCAGAUCAAGAGGAUUUUCUCAACCGAAUUGCAUGCGGUGAAGAACAUGUUUUUAAUGAAGCAUAUGAUACUGAAUUCUCACCGGCAUUUAAUUCAAACAAUACUAAUCAAUCAGUUUUUGAUAUUAGUAAUGCUAUAAAAGCUCGUCAACUUGGUAUAGUACAUGGUGUAAAAUUGGCUUCAGAAUUCGGUUUCUGUUAUGGAAUGGUUUUGGAAAUUAUCACUUCUAGACAACAGCUUCCAUAUUCCAAUGACAUCCCCAAUGAUCAUAGUAACAACAAUAAUAAUAAUAAUAAUCUCAAUCUAACUAAUAAUACUAAUUCGAAUACUCAAUUACAAUUAGAUAAAAUGAAAAAAAAUCAUCAAAUUUAUAAAAUAGCACAACAUUUAUAUCAAUAUUUAAUUGAAUCACCAGGUCUAAUUCAAUUAUCUAAUUAUCCACAAUUGAAUAAAUCUAUUCAUUAUAUAAUUGACGAUGAUGACAAUAAUAAUAAUGAAAUAUUGAAAUAUUUAAGAAAUAAAAUGAAACAAUUAAAAAGUUUAUUAGAUAUACAUUCAAUUGAAGAGAAAAUGAAUAAUUAUCUAACUUUUUAGGAAGUUCACCAUCUCCUCCCACCACCACUAUUAUUACCAUUGUAGUGAAGGAGAACACAGGUAAGGAUAACCGAAUUAUUAUUUAGCACAUAAUUACAGAGUUACUUGGUAAAAUAAAAAAAUCAUACUACAAUACGUAACUUGUAAAAAUGUUCAAUAAUUGUCUCAAACUUCAUUGUUUUUGCAUUUUUUUUAUAGUAAUCGCUUUCUAUUCCCGUUCUUCCUUUCUUGAUCUUCCCCAUCUUCUGCUGCCAGACAUUACAUUCCUGACUCGCGUCCUAUACUACUUAUAUCAAUAUAAGUAGCACACACCAUAGUACUACCACCCCCACCCGUUUUUUUAUUUCGCUCUUUUUUUUCUUUUGUUUUAUAUUUGUAAAUAUGAUGUAUAUUAUAUUAUUUUAUUAAAAGAAAUUUGUAUCCAAAAUAAAUACUAAAGAUGAAAAUUAGCAGUUAAUGUUUAGAUUAUAAUAAUACAUAAAUUGGAUAAUGACUAACAAUGGAAUCUAAGAUGCGUGUUUUGUCCUAUUUGAAAAUCGUUAGUUAGGUGUAUUUGUAUCUGAGUUGAUGUUCUCUUUCGGACUCGUACCCAGUAUCGUUCACUUCAAACGUUAUCUAUUUGGUUAGAGAGUUCAGCCUCUAAAUGCUUUGGUUACAGCUGAGUGUGGAGUGAGUUAGCUCUCCAUCUCGAAAUGCUCUCACAUAAACACGUGUAUACAGCUACUGCCAAGGAAGUUCUGCUCAUUGCUUUCUCGUGGUGGGGUGUUGUUUGUGAAAUUGAGAGGACGAGUAGAGAAUCUCCGGCACUUUAACCCGGUUGGUGAACACCGAGAAUUUACCUAGGGGAGUUGGAAAACCCUGAUUCUCCAAACCAAAUGGUACACAUGGGCUCCAGGAUCCUGAAGCAAUAAAUUGCGUGUGAACAAUUUAUUGGUCACUGGCCACCAUCGGACUGCAUUUCCUAACGUUACUCUACUACCUUAUGAAUUAGACCUUCAGGUCGAUAGCUCCAGGUGUGACCACCAAUGAAAACCACCUGUUUCGGUUUGGGUACUCGGGCAGUAUCACGGCCCACAUCCAAAUCAAGUAACUUGUGUAGCGCAUAGGUUUUCGGUGCCCCUUUGUACCAAUAUUUAUGUGUUCAAAUAAAUAAGUAAAUUAAAAUGAGUCCAGAUGGCCACAUCAACUCUGGUAUACAAGUACAUCUUGCUGACGAGUCUCAAAUAGGACGAAAUGCGUGUUCUGGAUUCCACUGCUAGCCACCAUCCAUCUUUUCUCACAAUGCUUGUGCUGCACAAGAUGAACAUAUGCCAAUGAGUGACUGAUCCAUUUCUGUCUUAAACAUCAAUGGGGAGAUUCAAACAACCAAUACAAAAACGAAAUAAUUCCGAAAUGUUUUCCCCAUUAUAUUACAUAAUCACUUAUAUACAUUGAAUUUGUUUGAAUUUAUUUCUUUUUUUAAUUUCUCGUUUAAUGAAUAGUAAAAUUUUCUUCUAACUGAACAUAACUAUAUCAAUAGCCUAUUUUGUACAAUGAUAAUUGUUUGAAAGAAUAUAUCGCUGAGGCUAUUGACUAUUUGUGUAUUUCAUCGACAGCUAUCCAGCACAACUAAACAGAAUGUUUUUAAAAAUAUUAUGAAUUGAAAUUGUUAAGUGAAAAGUCUUGGUUUAAGAUAUGAGGGGGGGGGUAUAUUAAGGCAUUAUCUGUAAUAUUUCAAGUAAGCUGAUGAGUGAAUGUAUAUACAUCAUUGUGAUUAAUUUCGACUUAUGUUGUUUAACAGCCUGUCCAACCAAUAAUUAUUUGUUACCAUUAAGGCCACUUUAAGAAAUGGGAUUAUCCCCAAUAUGUGACCUACGAACGAAAACUGUCCUCACCAGGUAUUCAGCGGUAUAGUUGUCUAACUUCAACCCAUCCACAAUAUUGCGCGUCGGUCUUGGUUGAAACUAGACAAUAACACUGUUAGAUUACCGGCUUAGUGGUCUAGGAUUUC